UCUUACCGAUAAACAACUUUGAGAUCAAAACAAAUCUUUGAGGAACAGCAACAUAGCGGCAUCGUACCCGUCCAAGGACAACACCCGAAAAGAAAAAUUACACUUUAUCCUCUCAGACUGAAGAAGAGGAAAGAUGCUCGGCAAGAUUAUUUCUCAUCUGCUCGGGAGUAAUGAGGAUGACGUUGAGGCAGCGGAUGACACUUUUGAGGAGCUGUUGGAGUUUGAGGAGGGAGGAUGGGUCAUUGUUAAUCUCCCAGAGAACAGUGAGCUGUCGACCCCUGAGGUGGAUCCUCUGGAGAACCUGCUGAUCGAACACCCAAGCAUGUCUGUCUACCAGAUCAGACACAGGAUGAGUGGAACAGAGGAGGAGGAGGAGGAGGAGGAACACAGUUCAGAUGAAGAUGAGGAGGAGUCUCCCAGGUCCGUAGCGGUGCGGCGGCAUGUGUCCUGGCGUCUGGCUGCCUGGGGAAUCCCUCUGCCCGGUAACUUCCACGUCCUGGCUGUGCAGCGGGCAAAGAUUCAGGCUGAGCGGAAGAGGAUGAGCCGUAGCGCCCUGCACCGACAGAACCUGGCAAAGAUGCGAUUCUCCCCCGCAGAGAAACGCUACGGCCACUUCAAGCAGCCCUGCCAGCGUCUGUACAACUACUGAACCGGACAGACUGACUGUGAGGGUGCGUGGUCAGGUUUCCUCCACCAGUGAGCAGCCUCCGACAGGCUAAAUCACUCAGGUUUCCAUAUCAGAUCACGAGUGGGCACUUAACUUUUACCUCACAUGACAAGUUCCACAUUACAAUGAUGAUUCACAGCUUGAAUCAAAUGAAUAUUAACCACACAAACCACAGCGUUUUCCUCAUAUACUUCUUUAUUUAAAUGAAACCAACCUACACUGCUACCCUCACAUGUGAAGCCACUGACAACAAUGACCUUUGACCUUCUGACAUCCUGAUUGACACGGUCAGCCUCUUAGGUUGAUAAGUAACAGAGUUAAUGUCAAGUUUGUGUAUAUUUUAAAUGAGGACAUGUGAUUUGUUUUGGUGAGUUUUGACUGAGUAGAUAUUUCGAUGUAGGUCGUAGGGCUUUGAGGAAAAAUGUGUGAAGUGUAUGGAAGGUAAUCUAAAAGUAUUGU